GCGCCACUGCACUCCAGCCUGGGCAACAGAGAGAGACUCUGGCUAAAAAAAAAAAAAAGAAUUAUAAUGUAUAGGAUUGUGGAUGAUCACUCUAACCAACCAGUGGGCAAGUUGCUUUGCUCAGCGUUAAGUUCAAACUGCCACAUCAGAACGUUAUUUGAGUGUAUACAUAUGCAACCAUUAAAAGUGGCCGUUACCACAAUGCAUUCUGGGAAAGAAGCAGCACCAAAUCCAAGAUGGCGGCCAGCAGGAGGCUGAUGAAGGAGCUUGAAGAAAUCCGCAAAUGUGGAAUGGAAAACUUCCGUAACAUCCAGGUUGAUGAAGAUAAUUUAUUGACUUGGCAAGGGCUUAUUGUUCCUGACAACCCUCCAUAUAAUAAGGGGGCCUUCAGAAUCGAAAUCAACUUUCCAGCAGAGUACCCAUUCAAACCACCGAGGAUCACAUUUAAAACAAAGAUCUAUCACCCGAACAUCGACGAAAAGGGGCAGGUCUGUCUGCCAGUAAUUAGUGCUGAAAACUGGAAGCCAGCAACCAAAACCGACCAAGUAAUCCAGUCCCUCAUAGCACUGGUGAAUGACCCGCAGCCCGAGCACCCACUUCGGGCUGACCUAGCUGAAGAAUACUCUAAAGACCGUAAAAAAUUCUGUAAGAAUGCUGAAGAGUUUACAAAGAAAUAUGGGGAAAAGCGACCUGUGGACUAAAAUCUGCCACGAUUGAUUCCAGCAAGUGUGAGCAGAGACCUCGUGCAGUACAUUCAGACACCCCACAAAGCAGGACUCUGUGGAAAUUGAUACGUGCCACCGCCUGGCGUUCGCUUGCAGUAGUUACUAACUUUCUACAGUUUUCUUAAUUAAAAGUGGUCUAGGUAACCUGUAAAGAAAGGAUUAAAAAUUUAAGAUGUUCUAAAAAAAAAA